AAAAAAAAAAAAAAAAAUGAUCCAAGCACAGUAUGAAAUGACACCGAUUAAUUUAGACAAAGCAGAAUUUAUCAUUUCUAUACCUUCAACUAAAUCAAAUGGAGCAUUCAAAUUUAUGAUGCUUUUACUACGAGAAAUAGAAGAUCAAUUGGAAGCUAGACAAAAGAAAAAUAAAAUUUUUUAUCAAGUCGUUCAUGCGAUUGAAUAUAAAUACAGAAAAAAGAUAAUGGAUAAUCAACAACACAUUCAACAGAUACAGUGCGACCUAAAUUAUAUAAUAAAAGAUAAUGACGCUAUUGCCUCUCGACGUAUCUGUGUUCAACAAGAACUAGAAGAGCUCGAAGAGGAAUUGAACGAAAUGCGAGAAUAUGCUGAACAAAGACGAAACAAAAAGUCAAAGCGAGAACGACAGUAUCAUCAACUUUAUCAUGUCCCACUUAUAGCAGCUCAAUACAAGAAAAAGUAUGUUAGGGCUCGAGAUAAAAAUUUGGAUGCAGAAGAGAAAUUAUCCGAGAUUCGAACUUGUGUUGAUGCUUCUCAGGGCGCUUUAAAUGAACUUGCUAGAGCACUGGCUGAAAAUCAAAGUAAAAGUCAAGAACUUAUGAGUCAACAACAAAGUUUAGAGAAAGAAACAAAGGAUACAGAAGAGCUGGUUUUCAAAUUACAUGAAGCAUGUAAGUUCUGGCAAAGCUUUGAUGAGAAUCAAGCUUUAAGUGUACAAAAGGCUACAACACAAUUUAUUGAAACAAUUCAAAAAUACGUCAAUGCUUUACAGAAAGUAAUGAAUCCAAAUCAAGAUUUUAUAAAGUUCUUUAAAUUAGCUUUACUUGAAUAUGGAGAGGCAGAGAGAUAUGCAGUACAGAGAUGGGGUCAACUUCAAGUAGAGUAUGAAUGUGCAAAAUGUCAUAAUCUAUACUCAGGCUGGCCAAAGCCUGAUAAGGUACGAACCUCUGAUUUGUUAUGUGAUUCAUGCUAUCAAGAGCAUCGAACAAGUAUGAUUUGGGAAAAGAAAAUAACUGGCGUUAAAGAUAAAAGUCAGCAAUUAUUAUCGCUUCCUAGUAAUUCAAGGCUAUCAUUCUCCUCAACGAAUUCAAGUAAUGACAGUGGUAGUCCUUCCUCCAGUAGUAAAAAGCCUGGAUUUAAGAAAAUGUUUCAAUUGUUAAAAGGAAAUAAGCGUAAUAGCUUCUUCUCGAAUUCUUCCUCUUCCUCAUUAUCAUCAUCAUCUUUUACUAAUACAAAUACCACUCCUGUCAAUAUAAAUUCCCCAAUUAAAUAUUCCCAAUCUAAUAGUCAUUUGAUGACCACUUGAAAUAAAUACAUACUAUGUACAUAUAUAAAUGUAUAUGCAUGUGUGUAUAUCCUCUUUA